AUGGCGGGCAUGCUCGAGUUCCGGACGCCGGGAUUCAAUCCAUAUGCCGUCAAAUACUCCCCUUACUACGACAAUCGCGUAGCUGUUGCCACUUCAGCCAACUAUGGUAUUGUAGGGAACGGAAAGGUCUUCUCGCUGAGACUGACCGCGCAGGGACCUCAAGUCGAGACAACGUCGGCGCUGACAGAGUACAUGAACAAAAGGUUCGACACAAACGACGCACAGUAUGAUCUCGCGUGGUCCGAAUUGAACGAGAACCAGCUUCUUGUAGCCUGCGGAGAUGGGUCCAUCAAGCUCUUCGACAUGACCGUCAAGGACUUCCCGGUCAUGAACUUUCACGAGCACAAGCGCGAGACCUUCUCCGUUAGCUGGAGCCCGGUCACCAAGGACACGUUCAUAUCUAGCUCCUGGGACGGGACGGUAAAGCAGGUGACCUACUGCCCUUCCAACCCAGCCAUCAUCUCAGCCGCCUCCAGCGACUCCCACAUCCGCAUAUUCGACCUGAGGACACCCCCCUCGGCCAAGUACCACCUCACGGCCACGAUCCCCGUCCACAUGCCCGGCCAGCAGGGCGCCCCCAGGCCGGGCGCCCCGCUGCCCGUCGCCGCCGCGCCGUCGGAGCAGCUGACCCACGACUGGAACAAGUACCGGGACACGGUCAUCGCGACGGGCGGCGUCGACCGCGUCCUGCGCACCUUUGACAUCCGCAACCCGGCCGGCGGCCCGCUGUCCGUCAUGCAGGGCCACCAGUACGCCGUGCGCCGGCUCGCGUGGAGCCCGCACGCCGCCGACAUCCUCAUCAGCGCGAGCUACGACAUGACGGUGCGCGUCUGGACCGACGGCUCGACCAUGCCGGCGGCGGCGGCGGCGCCGGACCAGGCGCAGCCCGUGCGCAUGGGCAUGGAGCUCGGGCUCAUGAACCACCACACCGAGUUCGUGACGGGCGUCGACUGGUGCCUGUUUGGCACCGGCGGGUGGGUCGCCUCGGUCGGCUGGGACGAGAGGGUGCUGAUGUGGGAUGCCAACUCGCUGCUCCGGCGGUAG